AUGGCGACUGAUCGUGGUGCUGUUGUUGGAUUCGUUGGAUUGGAUGAGUUGAGCUUAGACAUGGCCGCUUCGCUUCUUCGUUCUGGCUACAAAGUUCAAGCUUAUGAGAUAGAAGAAUCUUUGGUUGAUAAAUUUUUGAAUCUUGGGGGGACAAGAAGUGCCAACCUUAUUGAGGCUGGGAAAGGAAGGUCUGAAGCUAUUGCAAAGGCGCACCCUAUUCUUUCUGCAAUGUGUGAAAAGCUUCUCACUUUUGAAGGUGAAGUAGGUGCUGGAAGUAAAAUUAAAAUGGUGAAUGAGCUGCUUGAGGGCAUUCAUCUGGUUGCUUCAGUGGAGGCUAUUUCUCUUGGCGCUCAAGCUGGAAUUCAUCCAUGGAUAGUCUACGAUAUCAUUUCCAAUGCUGCUGGAAACUCAUGGAUUUUCAAGAAUCAUGUUCCCCAGUUUUUGAGAGGUGAUACCAAGGUGCAUUCCUACAGGACUGUGGUCCAAAAUUUGGUUAUUGAGUUGAGUUUGAAUGCCGAACAACUAUUAAAUCGAAGGUUGAAAAUUGGUUCCUUUGCUGAUGGAUCACUUGUUAGCAAAGUUACCUUUGCUAGAGUUUAUAGUGGGGACCAGAGAGAUUUGAUUGUUUGUGAAAAUAUCGUAGAGGGUAUUGUUUUGGAUAUGGCCAAAUCGCUUAUAUUUCCUCUUCCACUUUUGACUGUUGCUCAACAACAACUUAUUCUUGGAUCUUCAAAUGGUCUGGAUGAUGAUAGUGACGCCACAUUGGUCAAGGUCUGGGGAAAGUUGCUUGGAGCUAAUAUUCAAGAUGCAGCCAGUGCAGAACUCUACAAACCUGAGCAACUGGCAAGACAAAUUGUUGCCAAAUCUGUUGUUGUUAAGAGAAUUGGUUUCAUUGGUCUUGGAGCAAUGGGAUUUGGCAUGGCAACUCAACUGUUGAAAUCGAAUUUCUGCGUUGUUGGUUUUGAUGUGUAUAAACCAACACUAACUCGAUUUGCUAAUGCUGGUGGCAUGAUUGGCAACUCUCCAGCCGAAGCAUCUAAAGAUGUUGAUGUACUAGUAAUUAUGGUCACAAAUGAAACUCAAGCAGAGGGUGUUUUGUAUGGAGAUCUAGGAGCAGUAGCAGCCUUACCAUCAGGAGCAUCUAUCGUCCUUUCUUCUACAGUAUCCCCUGCAUUUGUGAGCCAACUGGAGCACCGCUUACAAAAUGAGGGCAAGGGCUUGAAAUUGGUGGAUGCUCCUGUUUCUGGUGGUGUCAAGCGGGCUUCCGAAGGAACACUUACGAUAAUGGCUUCUGGUACUGAUGAAGCUCUUACAUGUACUGGCUCAGUUCUCUCAGCACUAAGUGAGAAGCUUUAUGUGAUUAGAGGAGGUUGUGGGGCUGGAAGUGGUGUAAAGAUGAUUAAUCAGUUGCUCGCUGGAGUCCAUAUAGCAUCAGGGGCUGAGGCAAUUGCGUUUGGAGCUCGAUUAGGUCUCAGUACAAGGAUGCUGUUUGAUUUCAUCAAGAACAGUGGAGGCACAUCCUGGAUGUUUGAGAAUCGUGUUCCUCACAUGUUGGACAAUGAUUAUACACCGUAUUCUGCACUCGAUAUCUUUGUGAAGGAUCUGGGCAUUGUUUCUCGUGAAUCGUCAUCCCGUAAAGUUCCACUUCAUAUUGCAACUGUCGCACACCAACUGUUCCUGGCAGGCUCUGCUGCUGGCUGGGGUCGGCAAGAUGAUGCAGGUGUAGUGAAGGUUUAUGAGACCCUCACAGGUGUUAGAGUUGAAGGAAAACUUCCUGUACUUAAGAAAGAAAUUGUCUUGCAGUCUCUUCCACCUGAGUGGCCCCUGGAUCCCAUUGAUGACAUUCAUAGACUGAACCAGAGUAAUUCAAAAACACUGGUUGUUCUAGAUGAUGAUCCAACGGGAACUCAAACUGUUCAUGAUAUUGAAGUAUUAACAGAAUGGAGUGUUGAGUCACUAGUUGAGCAAUUUAGGAAACAGCCUAAAUGCUUUUUUAUUUUGACCAACUCUAGGUCAUUGAGUUCUGAAAAGGCGAGUGCACUGAUUAAAGAUAUCUGUGGAAACCUAAGCACAGCUGCUAAAUCAGUUGAGAAUGUUGAUUAUACAGUAGUUUUGAGAGGUGAUUCAACACUACGUGGUCAUUUUCCGGAGGAAGCAGAUGCAGCAGUUUCAGUACUCGGUGAGAUGGACGCAUGGAUCAUUUGCCCUUUUUUUCUUCAAGGAGGCCGUUAUACAAUCGAAGAUAUACACUAUGUUGCAGAUGCUGAUCGGCUUGUCCCUGCAGGAGACACAGAGUUCGCCAAAGAUGCUUCUUUUGGAUACAAAUCUUCAAACCUCCGCGAGUGGGUUGAGGAGAAAACUAGCGGCCAUACUCCUGCUAGCAGUGUUUCAUCUAUAUCUAUCCAUCUUUUGAGGAAAGGUGGGCCAGAUGCCGUUUGUGAUCUUCUUUGCAACUUGCAGAAGGGGUCAAUUUGCAUAGUUAAUGCAGCAAGUGAAAGAGACAUGGCUGUAUUUUCAGCUGGAAUGAUUCAGGCAGAAUUAAGGGGAAAAUCCUUUUUAUGCCGCACCGCUGCUAGUUUUGUUUCUACCCGAAUUGGAAUUAUUCCAAAAGCUCCAAUACUGCCAAAGGAUCUAGGAAUAAACAAAGAAAGAAUGGGCGGACUUAUAGUUGUGGGAUCGUAUGUGCCCAAAACAACAAAACAGGUUGAAGAACUUAAAUUACAAUGUGGCCACUUUUUAAAGAAAUUAGAGGUUUCUGUUGAUAAACUUGCCAUGAAGUCAUCAGAAGAGAGGGAGGAGGAAAUCAAUAGAGCGGCUGAGAUGGGAAGUUUAUUCCUUGGGGCUUGUAAAGACACUUUAAUCAUGACCAGUCGAGAACUCAUCACUGGAAAAACUGCUUCUGAGAGCUUGGAAAUCAACUUUAAAGUGAGCUCUGCAUUGGUGGAAAUUGUUAGGCGGAUAUCAACAAGACCACGUUACAUUCUUGCAAAGGGAGGAAUCACGUCAUCUGACCUUGCUACAAAAGCUCUGGAAGCAAAACGUGCCAAAGUAGUUGGACAAGCCCUAGCUGGUAUUCCAUUGUGGCAGCUAGGUCCAGAAAGUAGGCAUCCAGGAGUUCCGUACAUUGUUUUCCCAGGUAAUGUUGGUGACAGUAAAGCACUGGCAGAUGUUGUGAAAUCUUGGGCUCUUCCUUCUCGACUUUCUUCAACAAAAGAACUUCUUCUUAAUGCAGAGAGAGGUGGAUAUGCUGUUGGAGCAUUUAACGUCUAUAAUAUGGAAGGAGCUGAGGCUGUUGUAGCUGCAGCAGAGGAAGAAAAUAGUCCUGCCAUUCUACAGAUCCAUCCCAGUGCAUUGAAACAAGGAGGAAUUCCCUUGGUUGCUUGUUGUGUGUCUGCUGCUGAACAGGCCAAUGUUCCAAUCACUGUUCAUUUUGAUCAUGGAACUUCAAAGCUAGAGCUAGUUGAAGCUCUUGAUUCGGGAUUUGAUUCAUUGAUGGUAGAUGGUUCACAUCUUCCUCUCAAGGAUAAUAUAGCAUACACAAAGUACAUAUCACUUUUGGCCCACUCCAAAAACAUGUUGGUGGAGGCUGAACUAGGAAGGUUGUCAGGGACAGAGGAUGAUUUGACUGUUGAAGAUUAUGAAGCAAGACUGACUGACGUUAAUCAGGCUGAAAAGUUCAUCGAUGAGACUGGUAUAGAUGCCUUGGCUGUGUGUAUUGGGAAUGUACAUGGAAAGUACCCUGCAAGUGGUCCAAAUCUCAGACUUGAUUUGCUUAAGGAUUUGCAUGUCUUGAGUUCAAAGAAAGGCGUGUUUCUGGUGCUGCAUGGAGCAUCUGGCUUGCCUGAGAAACUUAUCAAGGCUAGUAUUGAGCGUGGCGUGACCAAGUUCAAUGUAAACACUGAGGUGCGCCAGGCUUACAUGAACUCGCUUAGCAACCCGAAGAAAGAUCUGGUCCAUGUUAUGGCUUCAGCAAAAGAAGCCAUGAAAGCUGUGGUAGCAGAGAAGAUGCGCUUGUUUGGUUCAUCUGGAAAAGCAUGA